ACCUUCCUCUCCUGCAUGACACUAGAACAGUGUGUGCUGACACCACCACACCCCUUCAUUAAAUAAAGCUAUUAGACUGUGUGUCAUCAGUGUCACGGUGGAUCCUUUUGCUCUCCUGCACUCCAGUGACAUACAGCAACACACGUAUGUAUUCCAGAUCUAUACUUACCCUUCCAGUAUCAGCGUGUGAAACUUUGUUACCACGUUUCUAUAUGUGAAACAAGCAUAGUGUUCAGACAGAUUAUGUGAGAACUUGAGAACAAUGAACUGCAGUGAACUGCAUCCUAGUUAAAUUUAGGCAAAAAUACCUGAUUUGUAAAACGUCAGCUAGAGCUUUGGUGCUUCGGGUUACACUGCAGUAUAAUUUUGUAUUUGACGUUGACUGUGUUUAGUGAUUCAGGGGUUUAUUCACUAAAUGGUGAUCUACGGAGCAUUGGUAAGGCAAACAAACUGAAACAGAACUGGAAAUUCUCUUGCUUACCUAUUUCCCCACCUCAGCUUUUUAUCUCAAAAUAGGGGAUUCCCAAUUUCAGAAAAACUGAGCAUUUACGACAGGAAAGACCAUUAAAAAUGUCAGCCCGGAAUUACAAAUUGCUAACAGAGUUUUGUAGUUUAGUCGUUUCUAACAUUAGCGGCAGCAAUUGUUGCUCUUAGAAGUUUGUAGAAAAAAACUUACAGACAACAUUGAUAACAAUUCAAUCGCUCAGUCUGUCCUAAAUUUUGAUAUUAUAGCUAAGGGACUCUAUUGUCAUUGUCAUUAAAGUAUUAGCAUUCCUUUAACACAAUUCAGGACAUAGUACAGAGCCUCUAUGUUACUCUCGAGUCUUAACUACUGGUAAACAGCUGGUUAGACAAUAUCUCCUGGUGUAGACAAUUGCCAUGGCACUGUCAGUCUAACACUUUAUGCACAUUAUAGAUUGGUAAUGGGGGAUGAUCAGUCAUCUGCUACUGCUAAGUUGAUAUUGUGUCAUAGGUUGUGUAUAGCGUUAAUGGUCCUAAAUGCGCAAAAAAACAAAAGUUGCAUUAUGUGUAAUAUUUCCUUAAUUCGUGUAUAUAAAUGAUAAUGCAUAGUUGAUUAUUGGCUUGUAAACAAAAGGACUUAUUCGCUAAAUUACAAAUUGUGGAGAACUGGCAAAAAAAAAAAAAUCACAAAUAUUAGGUUAAAAAAAUGAGAUAAAACAUAGAAGCUUUUGCAAUAUGGCUUGAUAAGCCUACAAUUUUCAGAUCCUUUGUCAAUAUUUCACAAUUCUGGAUUUAUUGGACAUCGUUUUAGUUACAUUUCAGUCACAUUUUAAUGUUGUCAGCAUUCACAUAAAUUAUAUAUAAUUUUAGUGGCAUUUAUUCUAUGUACAUAUUGCUCAUUUUCAGGUCCUCUACCAGAGGCCUGGGAGUCUGAAGCUUCUGUGCAGUUUAUUAGCUGUUCCUAGAACUGCAAUCUUCUGGUUAGAAAUCUCAGAUGUCCCACCUGGACCUGCUGAGGCCACUGUUCCAACUUGGGGGCUACAGCCCGAGUACUCCUAUCACAACUGGGUCUACUUCUGCCUUCACAUUCCUUCUAGCUCCUCUUUCUCCAGCUUGUCCACCUUCUCAUGUUCCUUCUUCAGUUUUCCAUUUCUUGUCUACCACCACAAUGACGGGUUGGUUAGCCAGAACCUUCUUGUCAGUCUGAAUCUAGAAGUUCCACAAAUUCUUAGCUCUGUCAUUCUCAACUACCUAAUGUGGCUCCUCCCAUUUGGAUUUAGCAUACUCUUGGCCAGGUAAUUAUACCAGCCAGGCAUCUGAUGGCUGGUAGGGUGUAUGUGUUGAUGGCAUGGAUCUUGUUCUUGCUAUUGAGCUGCAUACUCAGGAUCUGUCUGACUCUCUGGAAGUACUUGAAUAUUGCUGUCCUCCUUUCCUCUUCCUCAUAGUUGCCAUGUGUUUGUGGGAUCCCCAUGUACUCAUAUGUUCUCUGUGCCUCUUGUUUUGCUUUCUGGCAAUACAACUCCUUCAUUUUCCAACUUUUUGCUUUCAUCCACGCAUCCAUAAUGUCAUAUCUAGUUCAUAUGACAUUCCUAUGUCAUUGCUGUAAAUCCUAGUUAGGUGGAUCAGUGAAUCGUUGUCCUGCUCAGUCUUGGCAUAUAGCUUGAUGUCAGCCACGUAGAGGAGGUGGGUGAUGGAAGCUUUACUAUGAACCUGCAUCCGUAUCCACUCUUCAUGACAAUAUGGGUUGAGGCCUAUACAGAACAGCAUCAGGGAUAGCACAUCACCUUGUUAUAUCCAACAUUUGAUAUUUACUUGCAUAAUUACCUCCACUUGCCUAAUGAGUUCUUGAGGAAGGCUCUAGUUUCUAGUUGACCAAGCAUUGCAGUAUCCACGUGUGUGGCAUUGUGUUGUAGGCUUUCUUGUAGUCAAUCCAGCCUGGUCAAAUAUUGGCCUAUCUAGUCUUGGAAUCUUGUUUUGUGUACAUAUAGCACAGCCCUCACCCUUGCUAAACAAUCCUACUUUUCUUCUCUUGUUAGUUCAUGGUCAUGCAAUCCCAGGCGUCUCUUUAAUACCUUCAAUUCUCUCGUUCACCCACCUCAAGCCACUCCUCAAACUGACCUUUUAGCAGAUAGCCUUGCAUGCUACUUUACUGACAAGAUUGAACAGUUAAGGAAAUAAUUCUCUCCCCUUUGCUCCUCCCUCUCGCAACCACACAUGGACUUACCUCCACUACUCUACAAGCCUUCUCCCCAGCUACAGAACAGGAGGUGGCUUUGCUUCUCCUCUCAUCCCAAAACCUGUCCGAUUGAUCAAGUACUUUCCCACCUUAUGAGAUCUCUCUCCCCUUGUCUUGUACCAUCAUUAACACACAUCCUAAACUGCUCUCUUUCAUCUGGUGUUGUCCCUGUUCCCAGGGCCGGAUUAACAUAGGGGCUGAUGGAGCUGCAGAGAGAGAUAGAGAGAUAAUCCCUAUCUUACUAGAAGAAAACAAUUAUUGGUACCCUCUUAAAAAAAAGUUAUCUUGGCCCAUUGGUUUUUAUAGGAAUGAGGGAAAUUACAAAACUUUGACCCCCAAAUUAUAUAAUUAUUGUGUAUAUGAAGUGUAAUAAUGACAGGGUGCAGGAUAGCGACUUGACCUAAACAUUUAUUCAAAUUCAAUUCUAACUACAUAAACUCAACAUACCUGGGUUUAUGGAGUCAAACCUCUGGUAAACCUCUUGUAAUCCCUAUGCAGGGUUAUCUCCAUGAAGUAUUCCAAUAGUAAGAUAAUAACUUUGCAAUGCAACCAGAUAUAGAUUGCUGUACAAUGGAUAAGGGGUGGCAUCUAUAAGACAAUGAGUAAUAUGUUCAAAAGUGUUUUUUGUUCCCUUCCCAAGUUUAAAACAUGGCCAUAUAGAUUAUCAUGUGCCUGUAACAUGUAUUAUGCAUUAAAUACUUCCAACAACGCUACAUGUAUUUACAUGGCACUGUGUACUUUUUUUUUUAUUUUUUUAAGAGCUCACAAAUGUUACAAGAUGUAAAGUGUCAUUGAGAUUUUCCAUAAGAUAAUGGGUGGAUAAAUAAUUAUCCAUUGGUGACUAAUCAAUUGAUUUUUUUUGUUUCACAGUGAUAGAAAAUGACAUCAAAUGAAGACUACCAGUCAUUGGUCAGAGGCCUUUCUGAGCUUGACUUCUCAGAAGAUAUAAACUCCUGCAAACUUCUACUAACUGGUGACUGUGCAUUCCCUGUGGUGAUUACUCAAGGAAAAGAUGUGCUCAUUGCAGCUUCCCGAUAUGGAAAGGGUCGAGUGGUGGUUGUUGCCCAUGAGUCCUAUUUAACAAACUAUCAACUCAUGGGCUUCCUGCAGAAUGCAAUAACCUGGCUGAAUCCCUCCCCAGGGGCAGUAAUUGGGUUGAAAAAAGGUUUGGACCCUCUGGCCAAGAUCCUUGCUGCAUCUGGAUUCAAAGUUCAGUCAACAUGUGGCUUGGAGCAAGGUCUGGGGGUUUUGUGUAUUGAUGGCUAUGAAGAUAAACAGGCCAAAGAAAUCGUAACUUUUCUACGGGAGGGUGGUGGUCUAUUGAUUGGAGCUCAGGCCUGGAAUUGGGCUACUAGACACCAAAAUGAAGAUGUUUUGCAUAAUUUUCCUGGAAACAAGAUAAUAUCAGCGUCUGGAAUUUACUUUACUGACAAAGCUGCAGAAAAAGGAAAAUGUUACAUCCGCAAAAAUAUACCCUGGAUUCCAAUUUACACGGAGUGAGUAGUUUUAUUUAUUUAUAAAAUAUUUUACCAGGAUGGAUACAUUGAGAUUUCUCUAAUUUUGAGGAAUAUGUUACGCAUGUCUAUUUUGAAACUUAGCACACCUAUAUUUUGUAAUUUACAGCUUAAAGGAACGCUAUAACUAUCGAAUACAAACAUGUAUUUCGAAAACAUCACAGUGUCCUCUGACCUAUUGAGGGUUUAAAAUAAUGUGACCAUUACCUGCUUUUCAGCCCUUCAUUAAGAUGAAGCAUCCAGGGUGCCCAUAGUGUCUUUUUAAGCAGUAAUAUAUGAUAGCAACACCAAACUAUUUUAAAAGGGAGGAAACAUUUAGAAUUAUAUGGCUUUGAAAUAUGGAAAUAUUUAUGUUACUGUUACCCAACUCAAUGGUACUAAUUUUAUCAACCAGAGAAAGACGAAAAAAUUAGUCAACAUUAUCUGGUAGUAAACUGGCACCCCUGAGGUUUGAGCAAGUUCUGCAACAGGUAAAUUAAACAACUGAGUUAUUUAACUAGUUAAAUAUAAACAAUGAGAAUCUACAGGGGGGCUGCUACUACAAUUGUAUUUACAAAAAAACAAUUUCUAAAAAAAAAAAUAUAUAUAUUAUUUUCAUGUAGCAAAGCAAAAGUUUUUUUUUUUUGUUGCUAAAACUAUUAAUUUCCGUUCUACCAGUUUUUUUUAGCCAGGAGUCAGUUAUCCUUCAUGUGUAUCAUAAUUAUCAAAAACUCAGUAGCAAAUCAUACUGGAAAAAGGUUUCAUAUAGAGCUGCCUGUUAGACUAUUUAAUUUAUGAGUUAAAGUCACCAGUUUGGUAUAGUCCCCAAAACAACUUUAGCUUAAUGAAGCAGUUUUGGUGUAUAGAUCAUACCCCUGACGUAUCACUUCUCAAUGCCCUGCAAUUUAGGAGGUAACUCACUUUGUUUAUACAGCCCUUGGCACACCUCCAAACUUGGAGCAUUGAACAUGCAUUCACUGCAUCAAAAUCCUGCUCUCAUAGUAAUACCUGCACUGUGCUGGAUAAUUAACUCAAAAUAUGUUGCAUUAAAGUGCCAUCGUCACAAAUGAUGUAAUUGGAGGUAUUUUCUCUCAAUAUUACAAGGGACUUGGGGCUAACAAUGAAUGGGUUCCAAGAUCAGACCCAGGGUUUUUCAGGAGCCCACUGCUAAGUCCAGCCUGAACCAGUCUCCCCUUCCCCCACCUUUAUGAUCUGUCUAUUUAAAUAAAGGGCAGAUCAUGUAAUAUCAUACCACCCAACUCUGGCGUCCUGAGAAGCGGGAUGCUGGUGGGAGGGAGGUAAAGGGUGCAGACCAGUGACACAAUUAUGAGCUAGAGCUAAUGGCAGGUCAGUACCAGGAAGCAAAGGUGGGACAGGACCUGGAAAUCGAGAUGGUUGGGAGGCAUGUAAUAUACUUUAUAUAUGUGAAAGACUAACUAUUGCAUUUUAGGUAGAGAAUGAACAGAGUAGAAUGACUUAUAAUCUGUCAUAAAUCACUUUCUAUGUCCUGUCUCACACAGUGUGAACUUCUCACAGGAUUUAAAUCAUCUUCUCCGAGAUGUCUCCCAUUUGGACAUCAGUGGGCAAGCUGUACCCUCAGAGCUACUGCUUCAUGGAGCAUUGACAUUUCCGAUUGGUUUAACUGAUAGCAAUCAAUGCUUUAUGGCUGCUGCAAAUUAUGGGAAAGGGCGUAUUGUUGUGGGAACUCAUGAAGGCUACCUAGCUAAGCCAGAACUCAAAACAUUCAUCCUUAAUGCCAUAUCAUGGCUGGAUAUGGGCAAAAAGGGAAUGAUUGGAGUUAAAAAAAACCUGGAUAAGUUUGCAAAACUCCUACAAAAAGAAAAUAUUACUUAUAAGGUAGCAGAUCUGAUCCCAGGUCUGAGUGUAUAUUGUUGCAAUUCCUACAGUGACCAUGAGGCACAAAAAAUCCACGAGUUUGUGGCAGAGGGAGGAGGACUCUUGAUUGCUGGUCAUGCUUGGUAUUGGUCUUAUGGAAAGUCACACCAAAAUGUGCUUUCUGAUUACCCAGGAAACAAAAUCCUGAACAGGUUUGGCAUUAGCAUACUGGAGAAGACUGUAACCCAAGGCAUCUACAAUGCAAUAGAUUCUCAGGCACCUGGAAGCUUCUAUCACUUCCCAAGGGCAUUCUGCCAGCUGCAGAGAGACCUACAGAACAAGGUGGAGAUACAACCUCCUGUGAAUGGUUGGUUGCAGAAGCUCAGGCAAGAUACGUCCAGUUUCAUGAAGCUGCCACCUUCCCCACUCGUUUCUUCGUUACAGCAAAAGUUUGCAUGCCUUGUGCAAGGAUGUGCACUCCCCAAUGUUAGCAAACAGUGCCCUGUAAAAGGCAAUUCUAAAGAGGCUUUAAUGCUUUGUUUGGCCCAAGAUGUCGGCUGCAUGGGCCUAGCAGAAAGCCAGAAAUGGGAAAAUUUUCCUUUUCAGUACAACCCCCCAAUCACUGUAACAAUUGAUGGAACAAAUACAGGUAAUGUAUGCACCAAUGUGUGUCCAUAUUUUUGUCUAUUGUCUGUACACUUACUCAGACAAGAAGCUAUAGACUUGUUUCCAUUAAUGACGGUAAAUACCGUGUUUCCCCGAAAAUAAACCCUACCCCGAAAAUAAGCCCUAGUCGGAUUUUCGGGGUGGGCUGCAAUAUAAGCCCUACCCCGAAAAUAAGACCUAGGCAUUGUACCUUUGCGGCGAGACUUCCUUCUUCUGCUGUAGGAGGAGCGUCGCGCAACGUGAUGACGACAUUUUGCAGCGCCGUCAGUCUGCCUUCACGGAUCUUCAGCGGAAGGAUCCAUUUCCGGGCGGUGAGGCUCCCAGUGGAAUCCUUGAAAUGUGAGUAUAUUUUAUGUCUGGGAUUAAUUGAAUUAAUUAAAGGGGGUGGGGGGGGUGAAUUAAAGGGGGGGUGAAUUAAUUAAAGGGUGGGCUGGUUAAUUAGAGGGGGGUGAAUUAAUUAAAGGGGUGGUGAAUUAAUUAAAGGGUGGGCUGGUUAAUUAGAGGGGGUGAAUUAAUUAAAGGGGUGGUGAAUUAAUUAAAGGGGUGGUGAAUUAAUUAGAGGGGGUGAAUUAAUUAAAGGGUGGGCUGGAUUAAUUAGAGGGGGGUGAAUUACUUAAAGGGGGUGAAUUAAUUAAAGGGUGGGCUGGUUAAUUAGAGGGGGUGAAUUAAUUAAAGGGGUGGUGAAUUAAUUAAAGGGUGGCUGGAUUAAUUUAAUUAAAGGGGUGGUGAAUUAAUUAAAGGGUGGGCUGGAUUAAUUAGAGGGGGGUGAAUUAAUUAAAGGGGGUGAAUUAAUUAAAGGGUGGGCUGGAUUAAUUAGAGGGGGUGAAUUAAUUAAAGGGUGGGCUGGAUUAAUUAGAGGGGGUGAAUUAAUUAAAGGGGGGUGGAUUAAUUAAAGGGGGGGUGGAUUAAUUAAAGGGGGGUGGAUUUAUUAAAGGGGGUGGAGAAAAGUUGUUUAAAUAUUGUUCAAUGUACAUACCGGUACCGUAAAUAAAUAAGCCCUACCCUGAAAAUAAGCCCUAGUGUGUUUUUUGUGACUAAAAUUAAUAUAAGACCCGGUCUUAUUUUCGGAGAAACACGGUAGUAGUCACAAGCUGCUAUUUGCUAGUAUUUAGGAACAGCUGCUACUUACAGAUAGAUUUAAAACCUUGUCAUUACUUUUAUUGGCUGGCUGGCACGAACGUUCAAUCACAAAUUUAGGACCUGUUUUAGAUUAGCCACUUGCACAGAAAUGCAAGUGGCAUGUAAGUUGUCAUAAAAAAUAACCACACUUUUCUGGUUAAAAAAAUAAAAGGAACUAAACCUGACCACAGGUAGUGCAAUCUAUGAUUUGCCUUAGCAGGAGAUAGGGAGAGUGUAUAAAAUGUAAUAAAUGUUGGGUUUGUGCUAUACCAGAUACAUGUCUAUGUAACUAAUGCGGAUCAUUUCUGUUUUUGGAAUUGCUCCGUUAAAAAAAAUAUGAAACAUGCACUUUUCUAAAAGAGAGAAUAUUUUAAUUGAUUUAUAUCUUUAAUUUUUAUACUCUUAAUUUUUUAUACCAAGACAUCUGCAGCUUUUGCAAACUGGUUUUAGAUAUAAUCCCAUUAAAAAUAUACAUAAUUACAUGCAUGCAUGUUUUCAUUUGGGGUAUAUCUACUAAAUUAUAAUAAUCCUGAGACCAGUUGUUCAAAUGAAUACACAGAACAGUGGUUCCCAUUCCAUUUCUCAGUAUCCAAACUGUAGAUAUGACUCUAGAACUGGGUUAAAGGGAAACUAUAGUACCAGGAAAACAAAGUUACCAUUUGAGUUGUCUACUGGCCUAGAAAUAGGCAACCCUUGAUGCCCAGAAUGAUAAGACUUUUUAUUGAAAUGUCACCUACGUGUAAUUUAUACCUUCCAUUCCAGGUGGAGCUGCAUGGAGGAGCACUGGACUUUAUAUAAAUCCUGGAAAAACAGCAGCACUCCACUUUCCAGCAUGUGCCGUGGGGAAAGGACUUGAGGUAAUUAUAUAAAAUAUAUAUUGGAACAUUUCUAUUCAUAUUUAAAAAUAGAUUUUAGUGCACCUUCAUGAUAGGCUGUACUGUACCUGGGUGUUCCUGAUAAAAAAACAAAACUUUUUUUUAAUGUGGGAAAAUAAAUUUGUAGCUCACACUGCACCCAGACUGACUAUAGUGUCCCUUUAAACCUCGCUUGGGCUUGUUGUUGGUUCAAUUCAAGAUCCAUAUCGUAGGUGGGAUGGUAGAAGGCAAGGAGAAUUUAUAACAUUCCUUGGGCCCUGUGGGCUCUUAAGCCAUGUCUGACAGGACUGCAUAGUUGGGUGUAUGCAAAGACUGGUAUGUGGACCCUUGAUCUAUUAACUAGCCUAUUUUUCAUGUUACAGGUGCAGGUUGGUUGUCACACGGAUAACCUCGGCUCUGCAGACAAAUUGUGUCGUGCUCCGGUGGUUGUGAAACGAACCUGUGUGCCCGAUGAGAGGAUUCUGAUAUCUUGUGUUUGGGGUGGACUUCUAUACAUCAUUGUGCCAGCAAAGUGCCAGUUGGGAAUGAUAUCAGUUACUGUAUACGGGGCAGAUUUAGCACCAACCUAUGUAAAAGGUUUGUAAAGGAAGCUGUACUUUUAUUGCUAUGGAAAGUGCAAUUCCUUUUGUGCAAACUCGUGGAUAUUUCUUAAUGCUGAUCAUCCUCAUGCUUCAUAAUACUUUAAAUUUAACUGACAAUGGCUUAAAUAAUUAUCUUAACACACGUCAGUCUGUGAUCCUUAUAAUUGCUAUUUAUGUCUCGUAAGUUCCACGUUGUUGGUGUAGUCUUUAUAGUUUACGUGUUUUUCCAUGUGUAUAUUACUGCUAAAUGCAUUUAAAGUAAUGUAAUCUCCUAAUUUGUAAUUGGGUUGUACUAUCUUUCUUUUAAUCUUUUGAUUUUAUGCGUGGAAAAACAAAUUCACCACAGAGGAUGAAUAAAGAGCCAUAUAUCUCUUUUAGGUAAAUCAGCUUUGUUCCACGUGGCAUCUUAAUUCUGUAGAGAAUUAAUUGGUCCUUUGUCAUGGAUUGAACUAUAUACCUAUUUUAUUCAUCUUUGAUAAUAUGGUUCGGGUAUGUUGCCUUUGGUAAGGAAUCUGCCUUUAAUUCUAGUCUCUUCUGAUUAAUUUACAUUUUGGACACAUUACUAGAGGUUUCCUUCAUUAUAUUUAAACUGCCUUCUCCUGGAUUGUUGAUGGUUUUAUUAUUCUAAACAUUAUUUAUCUUUUCCCCUAGGCCACACCGGUGUCCAAGCCUGGGUGCAAUAUAUCCGUAACCUGCCAGCUCCAUGGGCUGAGUUAGUUACAGAGAACAUCAUACUGACAUUGCCUUCAAGCUCAAUACGUUCACUAGAUGACCCAGAAGCCCUUCUUCAUCAAUGGGACCAAUUUAUGGAAGCGAUAGCUGGGCUUGCAUCGACUCCUAAAAAAUUCAAUCGGCCCGAAAGGAUAGUAGCAGAUGUGCAGAUAUCAGCUGGUAGGUAAAGCGAAUUGAACUUAAUCGAGUCUUUGUCAUCUUGAGAUAACCUUGCAUUAACAUUAUAUUUUGUUAGUAUAUUUAUCCUGUUAUUUCUUACAAUUUUAAGAAUGUUGAUUUUGUGAUUACUCUUUUCAAUGAAAUAUCUAUAUAGAAUGGAAAGGAGGAUGAUAGAUAUGAUGUUUGUCUAAUUGAGCUUGUGAAAGUAGUAUGGGGAGAAACUGUAGAGUGGCAAGACAAAGAGUAGAUGGACUAUGGAAUCACAUAUGAAGUGUGGAGAAAUGGGACGGUUAAUUACCCAAAAAAGUCACCCAAGAAAAUGGUAAGCUUUCCUAAAGAGUUGGGUUUUCAGUAACUACUUAAAGGACUGGUAGCCUGGAGAAAGUGAUAGGGUCAUGCAGGACAUUCUGCAGGAAGGGCGUGGACCUUGAGAAAUCCUAUAGAUGAAAAUUGGCAAAAUGGGAAUAAACAAAGGACAAAAGGUAAAUUACAGAGCAAUGGGAACGAGAAAGGUAUAUUUGUUAAUUAAAGUGGAAAUGUAAUAAGGAGUGAUAUUGUUGGGAGCUUUGUAAGAUAGUCAGUAGUUUGAAUUGGAUCCUGAACGGUAUGGGAAAACAAUGUAAGGACUAGGAAAGCAUACAUAUUGAUGAGUCAGGGAAAUAAACCUGGUGGCGACAUUCAUUUCAGUUUGAAAUGGAGCAAUGUCAGUAAUUGAAAGGAAGAUGAAACGUGAGUUUCAAUAGUCAAGGCAGGAAAUAAUAAGUUUGUGCAGGGAGAUAGAUUGAGGUAGAAUAUUUUGGAGAGGAAACUGAGAAAUUCAGUUUUAAUCAGACUGAGUUUGAGAAAAUGGGAAGACAACCAUUUAGAAUGAGAAAAGUGUCAGUUAAUGAAAAAGGGCAGCAGAAUGACUAUGGUAGGACAUGUAAAUCUGUUGUCAGCAGAUAGAUGGUACUGAAAUCCAAAGGAGCUAGUAAGGUUACCAAUAAAGAAGUGUAAAUAAAGCACAAAAGCAGCCCAAAAACCGAGCCUUGGGGGACUUUAACUGAUACCGGAAGUUGGGAGGUAUAAUAUACCAUUUUUGUGUGUAGCUUAUGUCACUCAUGUGUUCAUGUUUAUUAACAAUGUACUUGUUAAUUGGUGACAAAUAAUGUUUUGUAUUGGAUGUACAAAAAUCUUCUAGGACAUAUUGGCCUACCUUAUAUUAAAUACCGGUAAAGACCCGGUAGGGUCGAAACGUUGCUGUUUUUGCCCUAAUAAAGCUUCUAUUUUUGUUAUUUUUGUUAUGCCUGAACCGUUAUUUAUUCUGCAUACCUUAAAUUAAAGGCUUCAACAAUCCUUUACUAGUCACAUUAAGAGACAAAAGUAAAUGCAAAUACUGCACAUAGAGUCUAAUGUAGAGCUAUUGAUAGUGAACUAAUAACACCCAAAACAUGGGCACAUCAAUAAAGGUUACAUACACAAUGUUUAAUAUUUAUUUUAUGGCUAAAUAAAAACAGCAAAAUAUUAGAGCAGCUACUGCAGACUCUGCAACAAACUACCAGUGCCCCAGUCGAGCAAACCUUGUUGAUAACCCACAAACAGCAGUCUGCCCGUUUAGUUUCAAGUAAACUUUUUGAAGAGCUAAUGAUACAAUGCAGGCCUCCUAUCAGUCUCACUUUAGUUCUCUCGUAUCCCAGGAUGCAGGAAUUGUCCCACGGCAGCUCAGCACAUGUAAAUCAUUAGACAAGUAGUGCUCCCUGUAUGGAUCUGAAGACUGGGGGCCUGGCAAGGCUGGCUUCACUGAAGAGGCCCAUCCCUUUUAUGGUUAUCACUAGUGAUACAGACUUUGACAUUGUCAAUGUCAUCUCAGGGUUCCAACCACCCCAUUCCAAUUCCACAUGCCUGUAUGUUGGGAGGUAUGAAAAUGUCAUAAUGGCUUGUCACUAAAUAGGUUCCUUAAAUAUUAGAGGAACUUUGUGUACAUUUUUUUAAUUCGUGCUUGGCUUAACUUAUGAAUUCAAAUAUUCCCAAAUUAAACUUGACUGUCAGUACUUUUUCAUAGUUAUCUAUAUCUAGCAUGGUGUAAAAAAUAAAACAUUUUGUAACUUUCCAAAUACUUUUAGUCAGAAUUCCAGAUGCACAGGGUUAGAGUGAAUUUAAAAAAAAUAUAUAUUUGUCUGUUUGCACCACAUGGAAAGGUAUUUUUUGGAGGUUAAAGCACUUUUUUUCUUACAGGAUGGAUGCAUUCAGGUUACCCAAUCAUGUGUCAUUUGGAAUCAGCCAAAGAACUUACAAAUAUUCAGCAUAUGAAGAACUCUGGCCUUUGGGGGCCUAUACAUGAGCUCGGACAUAAUCAACAGAGAGGGUGUUGGGAGUUCCCACCACAUACCACAGAGGCCACAUGUAACCUGUGGUCUGUGUAUGUUCAUGAAACAGUCCUGGGAAUUCCACGAGAUAAAGCGCAUACUGCUCUCAAGCCACAAUCCAGGGAAGACCGAAUAAAAACAUAUUUGAAAAAUGGAGCCAACCUGGGGCAGUGGAGUGUGUGGACUGCACUGGAAACAUAUUUGCAGGUAACAUAGUUUGUUUACAUUAUGUGAUUGAAGCAAAGGUACUGCUGCUCUUACAGGUCAAUUAAGAAUGUUAUAAACAAAUAAUAGUAGACAUUACAAGCCAAUCACAAUGCAAGCAUGGGAAACAUAUUAUCUUUCUAAAAGUAGGUUAUAAUCAAUCAGUAAUUGAUAUUUGCGUAGCAUUUACAAGAAUAAUAAAUCAAUGUUUAAAUGCUAUUUGUAAUACUUUUUGAAUGAGUCAGCUCCCAGUAGAGUGAGAGACUUUAUUUUGUGCAGCAGUAAAACAACCGGUAUACCUUCCAAUUAUAGAGGUAAUGUGAAUUAACAAUCUUUGGUGACGUAAAUGAAUAAGAAUUUUGGCAGCCACUGGGUUUGUAAGCUCUGCACAUUUCCUUUUUUGUGUAGGAAAAACAUGAUUGUAGCACAGGGCUGAUACAAGGUAUUGUGCUGAUUGGGGCCAAUGACAAAAUUGUGCCUCCACCCCACCCGACAUAAAAUUACAGAUAAACACACGCACACAACACUGGGCAGGUACACGGUACAAGAACAUAAACUGAAACUUUGCUCUAAACCCAUUUCACUUUUUCUGGUGCUCGCUCACUGUUGAUAUAUCCUUUUCAUUGCCCAAGGGUGGUUGGCCUUUUCGUAAAGUGUAACUGUCAUUGUUUAGGUUCUUUGAAUUUUUGACAUGUCUGCCUUCAUGGUGGCACACUGGGGAGAGGCAAAUGUACCUUUCUCUCCUUAACUCUGUCAUAUUUUUCUUGGCCCUAGUCAUCAGUUACUGGCAGUUUCAGGUGUUAUGAGUCACAUCAGUGUUGUACUCACACACAUUCAAGAGAGGACAAAAUUGGAAUACUUAGGUCCUGUGAGAUGAAUACAGAUCUGGUGGUAUAUAUUGUGUUUUUAAAGGGUUACACCAAACACCAUGAACACUUGCUUUGAAGUGGUCAUGGUGCUUGAAGAAAUAGCAGUUUGAUACUGAAGAUCCACCUCAAGCAGCAUCUUCAGCCAGCCUGGAAUGAGAGUUCUGGGCUGGCUAAUGUUAAAUCUGUGGAUAUUUGGCAUCUGUCUUUAGCAUGUCUAUCAUGCUAGCAACAGACAGCCAAUAGCGGUACACCUCAGUCUCAGCCUGUCCUCUGGGAUAUUCCUCCACCUGCAAAGAGGAUUAAAGUCACUGGAAGAGGAUUUGGCUGUAGAGAGAACUUGGGCCUGGUGCUUAAUCACAGGUAAAUAUAUAUAUAUAAUUUUUUUUGGGGGGGCGGCUGUAAAGCAUGUUAGCAAAGCAUGAUCUUGAUGUUGCAGGUCCAGUAUUGCAAGUCUGAUAUUUACGUGGAUAAUUUAAAAAUAUAUAUAUAUCUGCUAUAAAUAACGUAUGUUUUUAUUUUUCAGCUACAAGAAGGCUUCGGCUGGGAUCCCUUUAAACGUUUAUUUGCUGAGUACCAGACUAUGUCUGGUCUCAGUAAUGAUAAAACGGAGAAGAUGAACCUUUGGGCAGUGAAGUUCUCUCAGGCUGUAAAUAUAAACUUGGUUCGGUUCUUCAAGGCCUGGGGAUGGCCCAUUAAUGAUAAAACCUGCAGCAUAUUAUCUUCUUUGCCUGAGUGGGAGAAUAAUCCCAUGAAAUCUUGAACUGUAUUAAUAAUAAGGAAAACAACAAAUAUGCACCUACAGAACGGCACAGUUAAUGCUAUUCUUGUUCAUUCCUGUUAAGGUUACAGCUUUUUGAAAAAUGAUACAGAUAUGGAAUUUUACUGAAUUCCAUAAGCAACAAGAAUUCCCCUGAAUACACUCUGUAAAAAAAAAAAAAAAGAUGCUGUGGGUGAAAGCAUGCUAGAAAUAAGGUUUUAGGCCAGUGGAUUUUUAUUUAAACUUACCCCAGUACGGUGAUGGUUGAUUUUAGCAUAACAGAAGGCUAUGAGAUAUAUUUCCAUGCAAAUCGUGAUGCCCUGCUUAGCCUUUGGGGGUGUCUUUUUAAAAUGUAUUAAAAGUAUUAUGUUGAAAGAGACAAGUAAAUCGUAAAUGCAUCUUUUCACAGCAGGCCUUAUUGGUAAUUUGCAACGUUAUAUAAAAAAUUUCUUAAUGAGUCGUUAUUAGAUAUUGUAUGUAACUGCCUACUUAGUAGUACAUUAGAUACCAUAUUACUAGAGAUAUGCAUCAAAAUAAUAAUCAAUUAUUACUUGUGCUAUAUACAUAAGGUUCUAUUUUCAUUAAAAUUAAUAUAAUUAAAAAUGUCUGACAUCACAGCUGCCUUAUGAUUAACUAAAGAAAAUAAAAAUGGAGACAUGACUCGCAAUAUGUAUGCAUAAUGCCAAGAAUAGAUUGGUUUUGUGCACAAUAUAAAAGAGAUAAGAGCCUAUAAUUUUUUAUGAGAUAUAGAUAUUUUAAGGUUAAAGGGUUUCUCCAACUCUUUUAGGUGCACACAUUUUUUGAUUUUGCAUGCCCUAAUGGCCAUUGCUAAUUAGCCCCCUCCCCCUCCUGUCAUAAUGCCUCCAGCGCAUGGUCCAGUCAUCAGAGAAGUAUUUGAUUGGACUAUUUCACCAACUCAGAGUGCAAAUGCUCACUCUGGGCUGGUGCAGGAAGUAUGGCUGGGAAUUUUUUUUUAAUUUAAUCUUGCAAUUUAAAAGGAACAAUCAUAGCACCAUACCAACUAUAUCAGAAUUAAAUUGUUAUGAAUGAGGUUCCCUGGCACCGGCUUAUCUUUAGGUGUGAAACAGUUAACAAGCAGUUUAACCCUAAAGUCUACAGUCCAGCUCUGCCCUUGAACUUCCAUUACAGACUGAGACUUCAAUCAAGAAGCCUUGGACAGGAGUACCAAUGACACAAAAGUGAGUGAGAAAAAUAUUUACCUUUCUCAUAGUUUUCUGAAUGGGGAGCUAUUGCUUUGGUCACAAGGAACAAUAUAUUCCAUGAUUAUGCUUUACUCACAUCAAGAGGUGUCAGAGCUAUACAUUCAAAGACUGUAGGUUGAGAUUUCCAUGAUUUCUUAAUUCGAAGAACAGGACUGUCCAAAUAUUAAUGAAUUCUAUACUCUGGGGCACACCUGAAGAUUUAAUGUGUCAGAAAACAAAAAAAACAAAAAAACACUUGAAAUGUGUUCCAAACAGGGUUAAACCAGGGAUGGCUAAAAGGCAAAUCUUCAAGUCUUACAGAACUAAAUCUUCUACAAUAAGUUUGCCAGUCGUAUGUCAUAAUUUGACAACAACAGAUAAUCUACCAUUUAUCCAUUCUUGGUUUUAGACAUAUGUCACAUAUAAUGUAUUGGUUCCCAUGUCCCCUGCCAAAUAACUGACUGGGAGUGUUACAAAUAAAAUAAAAAUCAUCCUAAUUGAAGUAUAAAAAUUACUGCUGGAAUACUUUACAGACCAGUCAUAAAAACUGUGCCAAUAUGUUUUUAUACAUGAAGAAAUGAAGUCAGUAACCCAAACAUAUUACAUGCAUUUAAUGGAUUCCCUGAUGAAAUAAACGUAUAAUUUGGAGCAAACUAACAUUUUGAUCACUUGUGGAUCUCUAAAUAAUUGGUUUUAAUCCCAUUCCUCAUGUCGCACCAAUAGUCCAGGGUUUAGACAUUUCCCAGUUCUGUUCCAUUGUGGAUACUGACAAAACCUGCAUUCUUUAUGAACUUUGUUGGGAACUACUACUCUAGAACACAAUGCUGUAGUCUGAAAGAUUUUUGACUUGACAUUCAUCUAGGUAUAGCAUUUAAAAUACAUACCACAAAUGUCUUCAAA